UUAACAUUGGAAUUUAGCAAUCACAAGAAUUGGCCAAUCGUCAAUCCCUAGAAGCACUUCCGCAAACUCCGACGGAGGCCUGAGAGCUGCUGGACAAGAUCCAAUCAGAGCAACGCGUUUCCUGUAUAAAUACCGCGGCCGCGCACUCUUCUUCCCGCUUCUGGUUCAUUAUGGCUCGUACUAAGCAGACCGCUCGCAAGUCCACCGGCGGCAAGGCCCCGCGCAAGCAGCUGGCCACCAAGGCUGCCCGCAAGAGCGCCCCGGCCACCGGCGGCGUGAAGAAGCCGCACCGCUACCGGCCCGGCACCGUGGCUCUGCGCGAGAUCCGGCGCUACCAGAAGUCCACCGAGCUGCUGAUCCGCAAGCUGCCGUUCCAGCGGCUGGUGCGCGAGAUCGCACAGGACUUCAAGACCGACCUGCGCUUCCAGAGCUCGGCCGUCAUGGCGCUGCAGGAGGCCAGCGAGGCCUACCUGGUGGGUCUGUUUGAGGACACCAACCUGUGCGCCAUCCACGCCAAGCGCGUCACCAUCAUGCCCAAGGACAUCCAGCUGGCCCGCCGCAUCCGCGGGGAGAGGGCUUGAGCACAUUUCCCACAUUGGCACGUGAUCAACUAAAAAGGCUCUUUUAAGAGCCAACUUCCGUUAUCUGUAAAAGGUGCUGUAGUGCCUGUAGUAGACAGGACUUAGUCGGAUACUUUUCCGUAUUUCGUUUGUAGCUUUUUCUUAAGCUACAAAGACACAGGCUGUAUACAAAGACUUUGGUAAUCAAGAUGCUCUGUACCUGCUAAGAAGACGUAAAAAGAGUCAGAAAAGGUGCACACUGCAGUUUUGUGAUUUCAUUAGUCUUUUAUCCUGUAUUUGUCUGAGGGUUUGGAUAUUCAAGUUUCCAUUGUUAGAUGCCAGGUGGGUCUUGGUCGUCCUGUAGAGAAGUCAGGAUUCUGAGUUACUAGGUUAUCUGUGCAACGCCUAUAACUAAUUUCUAAAUGCCUCUUGCAUUUGGUUUUUGACACUAGGUCUCUUCACCUAUCCUGUUCUAGAGCUCAGUUUAUACACCAGUAUGUCCUUGAACUCGCAUCCGACUGCAUUUUCCUCUCGAAUCUGGGUCCUAAGGCAUGCGCCACCACGCCUGUUUUCAUUAGGUAUUAAUAUUUUAUUAAUCACACCUUAAGGAAGGUAAAAGAUUUAGCAGGUUUAGUUAUGGAAUUUUAGCCUCUUAUAAUUGUAAUGUUAUAAUUAU